AUGGGUAACGCGGUCGCAUAUCGACACUCGGUUGCUAAGCAACAAACGAGAAAGAAAUUGGAGAAUUGUCGAAAACAACGGGAAAGGACUGGAGGCAUCGCAUUCAAUAAUAAUAUUCAUGGAGAUGAUGGAAGAAAACGCGAAAUAAGUGAAAGCCAUGCAGGAACGUCAGCCGAUUCAUAUGUGCGGAUAUCGAUCGGUGGGAAAUCGUAUUGUGUGAGAACCGAACUUUUCACUCCAGAUGAGACGCGAAUGCAUCGUUUUGUCGGCAGUUCGCACGAAGAUCGAUUAAAGAUGUGCGACGGCUUUGAUCAAACAACAACUGAAUAUUAUUUCGAGCGGAACUCGAAGCUGGCUGAUCAUUUGAUCGAUUAUUAUUCGACGGGAAGUCUCCAUCGACCAACGAAUGUUUGUGCCGAGCGUUUCCGUGAAGAGCUUGAGUUUUGGGAGAUCAGUCUAGAUCACCUCUCAUCUUGUUGCACAAUAUUAGCCGGAGACGAAGCAACAGCGGCGACGAAAAAGACGAAAGGAUUCCCGCAAGUUGCUGAUGAUUUUGAGCCGAUUUUUGACGGGGUCUGUUUGGGAUCAUUCCGGCUGACGCUUUGGCGUUUCCUCGAGGAUCCCCAAUCCUCAAUCCCGGCCGCCGUUUUCGCUCUUUUUUCAGUGAUGUUCGUCUUUGCGAGUGUUUUUGGCUUAAUCCUCGGCUCGAUGCCCGAAUUCCAAGAGGAUAGCUCAAUGGCUGAAGCCUAUCACAAUAUGCACAAUAGGAAAGUGCAUCCAAGUGAUGUCGGAAGUCAUAAAUUCUCCUCCUCUCAAACGCUCGAUCAAAAUCCGGUUUUCCCGAAUUUUGUCUACAAACCCACCGACAAUCCAGCGAUUUAUUUGGUGAUUUUGGAGUACGUGUGCAUCGGAUGGUUCACUUUUGAGUACACUGUCAGACUAAUCGUCUACCCACGGCGCUUCGAUUUCGCGAAGAAAACCCUGAACUUGAUCGACUUGUUGACGAUUCUCCCGUUCUACUUGGAGCUCUGCUUGCCGCUUUUUGGCGUCUACGCGAGCAAGUUCAAGGAUUUUACUGGCGACGAGCUGACUCUAACGCGGAGUGCACAAACGUGGAUGGGCGCAAUGCUGGUGAUUAGAGUGCUCCGUGUGCUUCGAAUGGCUCGAGUUUUCAAAUUGGCCAGAUACAGCACGAGUCUCCAGACUUUCGGUCACACCCUUCAAUCCUCGAUCACCGAACUCUCCAUGCUUUCAAUGUUCCUACUCACUGGCAUCAUUUUCUUCUCGACGAUCAUGUACUAUUUGGAGCGCGACGAGCCGAACACCGAUUUCUAUAGUAUUCCCGCUGGGUGCUGGUGGUGUGUUGUCACAAUGGCCACCGUUGGUUACGGGGACGCAAAGCCGGUGACAACGAUGGGAAAACUCGUGGCGACGACAACGAGCAUUUGCGGGAUUAUCGUUUUGGCUUUCCCCAUUUCAAUGAUCGUUGAGAAGUUCGCCUCCGCUCAACAAAAGUCCAUCGAGGAGACGCAACUUGCGCAAGCGCAACUCUCGGCCGCGGCCAACAACGCUCUGUUGCGUCGUUUCCCGACUCGACGAAAGCAAAGAAUGAGAGCAAUUGUCGAGAGUCACGACAAGCUAUUGAGUACUGUAACU